AUGAAAUUAAAUUCACAUUUGAUAAGAUCAAUAUUUCGGCAACUUUACUUGAAUGAUGUUGGUGAGAAUUUUGAACCAAAAAUCACAAAUUUUCGAUUUGCUCGUCCUUUACAUCCUGAUCCGUUUUUUGAUAAUCAUUUUGAUCCUAUUGAACAUUGGAUUGCACCAGAACAAUUAAGACAUAAAAAAAGAUCAGCAUAUUACACCUAUAAAUGCGAUAUAUUUAGGUAA